UCUUGCCUCAUCAUGUAUCUUUGUAGUGGACCGGCAUUUUCCCACAACACCCUGCUCCUGCUCUCACAGAUGACGAAAAUGGCGGACAACGCAUCAUCGGUUGAGAUUGUUGAGGGCUGUCGUCUCCCCGUUCUUCGUAAAAACCAAGAACACGAAGACGAAUGGCCAUUGGCUGAAAUUUUAAGUGUGAAGGAAGUCUCUUCGAGAAAGCUUUACUAUGUUCACUAUAUUGACUUCAACAAGCGGCUGGACGAGUGGGUCACAGGGGACAGACUGGACAUGAAGAAGCUUCAGUUCCCUAAGAAAGAAGCUAAAACACCAACCAAGAAUGGUCUUUCAGGCUCCCGUCCCAGUUCUCCAGAGAGAGAAGUGAGGAAGAGUCUAGAUCUCAACGUACAGUCUACCACAGCUCCGUCCAGAGGCAAAACUCUCCCCACACCGCUAUCGGGUCAUGCUGAACUGCAUGGGAAUCCAGAAAUAAACAACCAUGAAAUAAAAAAGGAAGAUGCUGAUCCGGUCGUGCAGAUCACAUCUGGAAGUGCUUUAACACACAGUGUAACCAAAUGUUUGUCUGGUGUAUGCACUGGACUUGUCAAGCCACAUUUCAACUUCAAAUCUUUCAAGAAGAGGAAAGUAGAGGCUGUCCCCGUGGCGACUCAGGUUCCCCCGGCUACCCCUGUGCCCUCCCUGCCAAGUUCAGCUGAAGCGUCUCAGGCAUCUGUUUUUCCUGCUGUGAGGGAGACCAACACCUUUAAGUCCCGCGAAGACCAUGAACAGAUCUCCUCCCUCACAACGAAUGGCACUGCCCGACGACUCAUCCCCCCGCAGCCGGGGAGGAAGAGAAAAGCGAAUUGUGGGGGAACGGACGAGAUGAUAAAGGUUUUGCAGUAUAACAACCCUCAAACAGCCAGUGUUUUUUUACCACCACCAGAGGAUUCCCAAGACAGUUCGGACGGCAUCCCGUCUGCACCCCGCAUGACGGGCAGUCUGGUGUCUGACCGUAGCCAUGACGACAUCGUCACCCGGAUGAAAAACAUUGAGUGUAUAGAGUUAGGACGUCACAGACUGAAACCCUGGUACUUCUCACCGUACCCACAGGAACUCACCACAUUGCCCAUCCUCUACCUCUGUGAAUUCUGUCUCAAGUACCUCAAAAGCCUGAAGUGUCUGCAGAGGCAUUUGACAAAAUGUAAUCUAAGACAUCCUCCAGGCAACGAGAUCUACCGCAAAGGCACCAUCUCGUUUUUUGAGAUUGACGGCAGGAAAAACAAAAAUUAUUCCCAGAACCUGUGUUUACUUGCAAAGUGUUUCCUGGACCAUAAAACCUUGUAUUACGACACAGACCCUUUUCUCUUCUAUGUAAUGACGGAGUAUGACUCCAAAGGCUUCCACAUAGUGGGCUACUUCUCUAAGGAAAAAGAGUCGACUGAAGAUUAUAACGUUGCCUGCAUCCUGACCUUGCCUCCCUACCAGCGGAGAGGCUAUGGCAAACUGCUCAUUGAGUUCAGUUACGAGCUGUCCAAGGUAGAAGGGAAGACGGGCACUCCCGAGAAGCCACUUUCUGACCUCGGCCUUUUGUCCUAUCGCUCCUACUGGUCCCAGACCAUCUUGGAAAUUCUCAUGGACCUUAAACCUGACAAUGGAGAAAGGCCGCAGAUUACCAUCAAUGAGAUCAGUGAGAUCACAAGUGUAAAGAAAGAAGAUGUCAUUUCAACGCUUCAGUACCUCAACCUCAUCAACUAUUACAAGGGUCAGUACAUCCUGACUCUUUCAGAGGACAUUGUGGACGGGCAUGAACGAGCAAUGCAGAAGAGACACCUGCGCAUAGACCCAAAAUGCCUUCACUUUACACCUAAGGACUGGAGCAAGAGGGGCAAGUGGUAGUCAUUGAGGACCCUCCCCAAACCGCCAGAUAGCAGACUUGAAGCAAACAGUGGAGCAGAUAAAGGUUUUUCAACCCAGGACUCCUCUUCGGAUAAGAAACAAUGAACAUGAAUUGAGAUGCAUCCGGUUUUAUUGUGAAAUAUUCAUUAUAUAUUGAGAAUCUAAAAAGCUCUCAAACUUGGCCACAAACGAGACUUAUUAACAGUGUCACCGCCAACAACACACCUUGUACUGUGUAAAAGAUCCUGUCAAUCACCCAACAGUGCGUUAAAAGCAAGAUAUGUUUAAAAGUGUAAAUGAAAGCUUAAAUGGGCAAACAUUCAGACCACCUAAUGGAAACAAGAUUGUUAAACAAUAAUUUGAGUUGUACAGUGAUUUGCCUUAUCUGUUAACGAGUCCAUAUUAUGUAGAAACCCCGAAGGGGAUUUCUUUUCCUUAAAUUCAACAAGGGAGGUUUAUUUAUCUUUCGCUUUGGCCAAUACCGUGUGUGGUUUUGUUAAAAUGUUUAAGACAAAAUUAUUAAUGUACCCCCGAAAAUUUCAAGCUCAUUUUAGUUUGUCAUUGUACAUAUAUUUAAGAAACCUUAGUUGUUGACAAAAGUACAACACUUGUAGCACUAUUUAAACAAUGAAACAACUAUUGUCUGAACAGCACUCCAAACUAGUUUACUUUCUACUUUGAAUAAAGAUUCUUGUACAGUGUGCAGGCUUCAAAACGUCUCAACAUCUCAUUCUGGGCAUGUUUGAAUUGUUUUGAAAACAAUACCUAUGGCUACACUCACACUUAUUAACUGACUCAAUGCAAAAUGUAUUGUGAGUGUUUAAACAGUAAAGGUAGGUAGAAGGAAAACAAUUUCAAUUAUAUUUUGGGAGAACAAAAUUAAAAACGCAAAGAAACUAAUUUUCAGUUUAUUGUGAUUCUCCUCCAGUGCCUGCAUUUUGUCUGUUCAACUAACAGGGAGUACAGAUGUUCUUGUGGUAAUAUAUGGUUCACUUGUGUAAAUAAAAAAAAGUAUAUUCAAUACACAACUAGAACACCUUGUAUACAGACAGAAAGUUAAAAACGAGACAUCAAGAUCCACAGCUAUGUUGGUCAAUUCAGGUUUCUCUUACAAUAGUAGCUCUGCUUUUAUUUCUCUCUUUUACAUAGUUGGAAGUAUUUAUGGUCUUUGUUUGUGAUCAUUCAGGUGAAUCUUUUUUCUGAUAAUCCUGUGUCAUAAUGAUCUGUACAUUGUGCAAUGAGACAAAUCAAGUUGAACACAUGUUCCCUGUAACUGUACAUACUGAACCUGAUUGUAAAAA